UAAGUCGGUACCGGUACAUAUUUUGCUUUUAUCGCGGAGAUAAAAUAAAUUACUUUUCACGAUAAACCAAGCAGUCGUCAAUGUCAAUUAGUACGGCAGGUAGUGGAUGAAUACACGUCGUCGUGUUCAGUGUAUUGUCUGCGUUUACAUUCUGUGUAAACAUUUUUAUUUAUCGUGUUACAAUGAACAAACGACGUGAUUUGAGUGUGGAAGAAAAAUUAGAUGUUCUUAAAAAAUAUGACGAGCUUCCGAAAACGAGCCAGCGACAAGCAGCAUGUAAGUUGAACGUGUCUCAAAGUUUACUAGGUAGGAUGCUGAAAAGUCGACAGGAAAUCGAAAACGCAUCAUUAGAAAAUGUGAAUUCAAACCGUGAAAGAAAAAGGGUCGGUAAAGAAGAAGAAGUUGAAGAAGCUUUAAAGCAAUGGUUCACAAAAGUCAGACAAAAAGAUGUCCGAGUAACAGGACCACUUUUGCGCCAAAAAUCUUGCGAAAAAAAUAGGCAAAGAUAAUUUUGUGGCAACAGAAGGUUGGUUUCACCGAUGGAAGAAACGCGAAAACAUUUCAUUCGUUAAGCCACAUGGAG